AAAACUGUAAUGUUUACAAAUUCAAGACUUUCCGAAGAAUCGAUGUUUUUAUUAUUUAUUUAUUCGGUGUUCGAAUUUUAAUAACGUUAUCUAGAUUACUAAUUUAACUAGUAGUUAGUAAUUAACCAUAAUGGAUUUACAUAUAAUGCCAAACAAGAGUGAAGAGGAAAUGUCUCCAGAAGAACGAAAAAGAGCUGAGCACAUCAAAUUACAUCAACUACAUCAAGGACAUGAAUCAAUGCAUGCCGAAAUGUUACUUAUAUUAUUCAUAACAUUGAUUGUAGUUCAAGUAUUGCUUGUAGAAUGGAAAAAAAGAUACUUUAAAUCUUAUCAGUUUGUUACACUAAUAGCAGUUUGGUUAAUACCCUUUGGUAUGUGCUUGAGAAAUUAUUGGUGGAGAUUUAUAUUUUCGUGGUUGCUGUUUUCCUGUAUAACAACUUUGAUAGUUAGAAAAGCUUUACAAAAGCCGAUACAAGGAACGACGCCAAGGCUAGUCUACAAAUGGUUCUAUUUUAUAUAUAGAUUGAGUUAUUUUCUUGGAAUUAUAGGAUACAUGAUUGCAUUAGCAACAUUCUUUGGAUUGAAUCUAGUUUUUGAUGUCAAACCAUCAGUUUGGAUGGAUUGUGGAUUAUUGUUUUUAUUUUACGGACUUUAUUUUGGUGUGUUGGGUCGUGAUAUUGCUGAAAUUUGUACUGAUAAAAUGGCAUCACAUAUAGGGUAUUAUGCGCCAGGUAGUAUGCCUACCAAAACUUUAGAUCCUGGUGUUUGUGCUGUUUGUGGGAACAAAAUGUUGGUUUCUGAAUUUGAGGAAGGCGUGAUCGAGAAUAGUUACAAGUUAAGUUGUGAACAUGUUUUUCAUGAAUUUUGUAUCAGAGGAUGGUGCAUUAUUGGAAAAAAACAAACUUGUCCUUAUUGCAAGGAGAAAGUUGAUCUCAAGAAGAUGUUUUGUAAUCCAUGGGAAAGACCACAUGUCCUCUAUGGUCAAUUACUAGAUUGGAUUAGAUGGUUAAUAGCUUGGCAACCAUUAAUUUUAUUUCUUGUUCAAGGUAUUAAUUGGAUAUUUGGUCUAGAAUAAGUUAUGUAAAAAAAGAAUGUAAAAAAAUUUAAUCUAAUAAAUUAAAACAGAGAAA